CUACCUGGAUAACGCGCCUAUACCUAUGCAGCGCUGCGAGAUGUCGCUUAGGUAGGCAGUUCACUAGGUUUUGAGCCACAGCCGAAAAUCCCGCCCUGUGUUUGACAUAUAUGCUUGUAUGCGUUCGUUCACAUUUUCAGACCCCCUUCGCGACACAGGCCAGUCAUGUUGUCUUCUGCUCUAGUAAAAGCGGAUCGUAUCGCAGCUCAUGUUGGCAGAAAAUACGCGCCAUUUCAGGAAUUAUUCGCUCGAACCCUGAAGUCUCAAACAGGCGAUGUAGACCUGCAGAGCGCAACAGCGGUGACUGGAAAAUACAAAACCAUAGAUGAUCUACCCGGACCCAGUCUGGCCACAACUGCGUACUGGCUCUUCGUUAAAGGAUACGCGGAUAAAAGUCAUGCAAUGCAGGUGGAGCAUAAGCGCCUGUAUGGUCCGAUCUGGCGCUCACGCUUUGGGCCGUUUGAUGUGGUAAAUGUGGCGACGGCAGAACUGAUUGCACAAGUGAGCCGACAGGAGGGCCGGUACCCAGUCCGGACGGAUCUGCCUCACUGGAAAGAAUACAGAGACAUGAGAGGACAAGCAUAUGGAAUUCAUGUAGACACAGGUCCUGAGUGGUAUCGCAUUCGUAGUGCUCUGAACCCUAAGAUGCUUAUACUAAAGGAAGUAUCAGCAUACGCACCCAUCAUUCACGAUGUUGUGUCCGAUCUCCUACAGCGCGUGGAACUCCUGCGUCUGCGCAGUCAAGACCAGGUCACGGUCAAUGACCUCGCCUCUGAGCUCUACAAAUUUGGCUUUGAGGGAAUCUCCUCUAUCCUGUUCGAGACACGGUUAGGCUGUUUACAGGAGGAAAUUCCCACAGAAACCCUGCGGUUCAUAUCUGCCGUUAAUGACAUGUUGGCACUCUCGGAGACGGUUCUUUUUUUCCCUCGCUGGACUCGUCACAUCUUCCCGUUCUGGAAACGCUUUGUCCAGGCUUGGGAUGACUUGUAUGACGUAGCCCGACAUCUGAUUGAUAAGAAGGUGAAGCAGAUACAUGAUCAGGUUGAGCGUGGAGAGAAAGUGGAGGGCAUGUAUCUCACCUACCUGUUGUCCAGCAAUAAACUCAGCUUAGGAGAGGUGUACAUCAGCCUCACCGAACUUCUGCUGGGAGGCGUGGAUACAACAUCUAACACGCUAUCAUGGACCUUGUACCACCUUGCACAUGAUGCAGAGGCACAGAACCGCCUCUAUAAUGAGAUCACAUCUGUGUGUCCAAAUAAAGAGCAGCCGAACACAGAACACCUGACCAGGAUGCCCUACAUGAAGGCUGUCAUCAAAGAAACUCUCAGAAUGUAUCCUGUUGUCCCUGGUAAUGGACGUCUGACUGUGGAUUCGGAAGUAAUUGUGGAUAAUUAUUGGUUCCCUAAGAAGACACAGUUCCAUCUCUGUCAUUACGCUGUUAGUCACGAUGAGAAUAAUUUCCCUGAUCCGGAACGUUUUGUUCCAGACCGCUGGUUGAGAGGCAGCCCGUCCCGCUCUCAGCAUCACCCCUACAGUUCCGUCCCGUUUGGGGUUGGUGUGCGGGCCUGUGUGGGGAAGAGGGUAGCAGAGCUGGAGAUGUAUUUUGCUCUGUGUAGACUGAUGCAACAUUAUGAGGUCAGAACGGUGGAGGGGGCCCCAUCAAUACAGCCCAAAACCCGAACACUGCUCAUCCCCUCCAAACCCAUCAACCUGCAGUUCGUCCCUCGAGCCUGACACCAGCAUCUCCUGUCAAUCUCUUUUUCUAAUCAGAAUGAGUACUCUUAAUUCAAAUGAUUUUGCCUUUAAUGCCCGAGGGUCCAUACCCAUAAACCUGUUUCUGUGAAAUGCCGUGAGAGGUAAUCUAGAGUAGAAAGUGGAAGUGGGCCAGCAUUCCUAAAUAUAAUAACAGAUAUUUACAGCUGAGGUGUUUGCAUUGUCUGGGUCGCAUUGUUAAAUAAGAAUUUGCCAACAGAGCGCUAUCAUGUGCACUGAAUCUAUUGUAAAAUCACCGGUGCUCUUUAAGAGUCUGAAGGGGAAGCAAGGGAGAGACAGAAGAAAACAAAGACCUUCUUUGUUUCUGUCUUUGCUGACCUUCUGUUCAUAUGCUGGUGGACACAAAGGACGGCUUACUGACUCUGCUAUGGACAUCAAGUGUCUGUUCAAGCAGAAAGAGUGUUCUUUAAAAACAUGUUUUCCGACUGUUUUAUUUUUUUAUUAUGCUACCUUAGCUGUUUUUUAUAUUAAUUUAAUAUCAAUGUUAUUGCAUUUGUCCAAACCUUGAUCAAAAAACAUCCUUUGGAAAUCUUCUACUCCCUUUGAUAUUUUUAAUUACCAGACAUAAAGUGAGUGGAUUUACAUGGCCUUUUGAGCCAGGCUGAAGGCAAAGGACAGAAUUCACUAGAAAUGUUAGUUUAUGUAAAUAAACCUGUUGCCAAACCGCCCGCA